CAACAACUCAACAACUACAGUGUUUUUUGAACAAUCUAUGCUCACUGCCACUGCGACCGACAUAAUGUCCACUCAAGCCGUUGCGUUUGACUGGCUUCCCUCAGGAGGUGAUGGAGAACAUUGCUUUCUUCGCAGCAACAACGACAGAUAUAGGACCUCCCUCCGACCUGCUCCCUUUACUUCUAAGCUGCAGGAGCAUAUAUCAUGCUCUAUCACUUGAUGCAAAUCUACAUCUUUGCGCACGCAUAUUUGAGUAUAAAUUCGAUAUCAGGGCCGCCGUUCGUCGUCUAGGCCAGCAUAUCGCUACGCCUGAUGUCUUAUCGAAGGAGUUGCGCAAGAGAUUUGUUUACCUGAAGCGAAUACGGGCGCGGACAGAUUCUCGAAUCUGUGCACACAGUGCACCAGACAUGUCGAAUUCGCCGAUGAUCAGCGAGUUGCUUUGGCUCGCCUACCUAAUGAUGCUUGAAAACGACGGAAAGAAUGUCAAGCAACUGAGGGAAUACGCUGGAAUGGAGCAAUGGUUGAUGGAGUAUUGGUUCGAUGAUAAGGGUGCAUCGCUCGCCUCGAAGGCGCUCCUGGAAGAUGUGUGGCUGCUCGAUAACGAGCACAAUUCUCUGGCAAUGUGGUUGUUUUGGUUGUUUCUCAGACCCGACCGUUUCCAGCGUACUGAAAGAAAUUAUCGGACUUUCGCAACCGUUUUGAAACCGACUGCUUUGGCAGCCAACAGGUAUAAUAUAUGUCACACUCCAUGGGAGGACUUCAUCCCCAAGUUCUGCCUGCUUGAGCCUACGUGCAUAAAUCACUAUUCUAAUCCAUAUCAAUUAACUCCACCGACGAUGGCUAUUCCUGCAAUCCUCUCUUACCUCAGCUUGGUGGGUCCUCUUGUGGGUCCAGCAAGGGCUGUCUACAAAGGACUACAUACACCGAACGGCUUUCCAUCCUCUCUGAAUCAGAGUCUUGAAUGGGAAGCUGACUGGCAGAGGUGCAUAAAUCUUGCUAGAAGCCCUCUCGCUAGCCAAUUCUCAGGUGCAUAUAAGGUGGGCAGUCUACAAGGUGUGUGGGAAGGUGUCUUUACGUACACGGAAUUCACUACCUAUGCUGCGCUCCUGUCUGGACGCCCACCUUCGAUCCUCCAUAACUCUAUGGUUGCGCAGCACCGUCAAACCUGGAAGUUGCGAGAGUAUUACUUAACUGUUUCGAGGGGCGCUGAUGGCAUUGCUGGCGGUCUAGAAUUACCACCGCUGAGCUCGGGUGAUCCGCUCAAGGCAUUUUUUCCAUCUGGCAUCCGUAUUCACGAGCAUGCAGGCAGUGCAGAGGUGCACGAGCCCGGGAAAAUAGUUCCACUUUCCUACAGACAGCCAUCGGCUUGUGGCGUGGAAGCCGAGGGCCUCGAUAUUCAAGAUAUUAUUGUCGUAGGAGAGGGUCAUUCUGCUUGGGGCCAAUUCAAUCUCAUUGGUAGGGUACGACCUUGCGACGGUUUUGUUAGUUUUUUGAAAGAAUAUGUCGAAGGCGAUCGAGGACAAUGGCUUUAUCGGGGUUAUCUGGUCGGUAGCAUCAACGGGAGCCUCUCGGGGCGCUGGCGAGAUACACUCAGUCUCCCCGAUGCCAAUGGUUAUGAGGGUUGUUUCGUGAUGAGUAGGCGGAGAUGAUGGAAUCAUCAUAUACUGAUAUCUAGUUAUGAAUUUAGUUUACCAGCAUCCUUACAUUCUUCCAGAUUCAGGCGAAACCAGAGCGCGUGCAUCUCACCUGGACUAGUCUUACGACAAGGUUUGCCGGUCUGUCCAGGAUGAGUCCGACUGUUGAGUGACAGAACGAAGAUCUUGGGUGAAAUGAAAAAAGGGAGCUGAUUAAUGAUUAUGGGCGAGUAGGUAAAAUAUGAUGUCUACGCUGGUGUCUAUAGCGUUAGUUAAAUAGAUCAUAAAGGAUACAGACUGAGGGAUGGGGCAGAUAAUACAGGCAAGUGGUUGGGGUCUAGGAGGACGAUGGAAUUAUUCGUGGAUGU